UGGGGGACGGCGCCGGCGGGAGUGAGUGCCCCUGGGGACGCAGCCCUGGCAUCGACCAUGGCGCAGCCUCCGGCCGCCGGGGCCGCGACCUGGCGCUGCUGCGGCCACCUCCUCACGCGUCCUUUCUCCCAAGCGACGCGGCGCGGGGCGCGGCCAGGCGGGGAGGAGCUCGGCCGCCUGCCCCUGGAUGACCUGGGGUCGGUGCCGCGGCCGGCCGGGGGCCUGGAGCUCCUGUUUGGCCUGUCCCCGUGCCUCCUGGCGCUGCGGGCCGCCCGCCGCCGCGUCGCCCGGCUCCUAAUCCAGGCCGGCAGGUCCGGGCUGGAGGGGCAGCGGGCUGAGCUGCUGCGCGCGGCCGAGGCGCGGACCAUCCCGGUGUUGCGGCCCCGGCGGCGGGAGCUGGACGUCCUGUGCCGCCACCAGGUUCACCAGGGCGUCUGCAUGGAAGUGAGCCCCCUGCGGCCCCGGCCCUGGGCCGAGACCGAGGCCGAGAAGGCCCGACCAGGAGACGACCCCCAGCAGCUGUGGCUAGUCCUCGAGGGGCUGCAGGAUCCCCGGAAUCUUGGGGCCGUGCUGCGCUCCGCUCACUUCCUCGGAGUGGAUAAGGUCAUCACCAGCCGGAGAAACAGCUGCCCGCUCACUCCAGUAGUCAGCAAGGCCAGCGCCGGGGCUAUGGAGGUGAUGGACGUAUUCUCCAUUGAUGACCUGGCCGGUUUUUUACAGGCCAGAGCCCGGCAGGGCUGGCUUGUGGCUGGCACGGUGGGCUGCCCGGGGCCUGAGAUCGCCCCGUCCUCCAAGAUCCCCAUCACUCGCUGCUUGGAGUUCUUAUGGGACCGGCCUACCCUCCUCGUGCUGGGGAACGAGGGCUCUGGUCUUUCCCGGGAAGUGCAGGCCUCCUGCCAGCUUCUCCUCACCAUCCUGCCCGGCCGGCAGCUGCCUCCUGGACUCGAGUCCUUAAACGUCUCUGUGGCCGCAGGAAUCCUUCUUCACUCCAUUUGCAGCCAGAGGAAGGGGUUCCCAGUGGAAGGGCGGAGAGAGCAACUUCCCCAAGACCCCCAGGGCCCCUCGGCCGCAUCUGAAGCAGCCAGCGUGGCUCAGCACACAGGACCGUCCUCAGGAUCAGAAGAGAAGGGACAAGACGGGGGCUAACCGGGACCGUCGACGGUGUCUGCCGGGGAGCCUCCGCACCCACACCCUCGAAUGUGCUGGAGUCUCUUGUCUUCUUAUGAGUGAGCAUCAGGCCUCUGUUUAUAAACCGCUGUCCCGGGGAGCCCAAAGCUUUGUGGUAGAGACCACAGGAAGUUCAGUUUCCCAUUUUUUUUUGGACUUGCGGUUGGAGAGGGCAGCCUGUUCAUUUCUACGCUGCGCUGGGAUGGAGGGUCUCUCUUCCCAGGUCCUGCCUGGAAGUGAGGGGGCGUUUUGGACGUCAGAAGGGAAUCAGGCAGCCCCAUCCAGGGUCCUCUUCCUCUUGGACGGGUGUGAGAAGGCAGAGGGAAGCCCGGGGCACUCCUGUGAGCCAGAUAGGUGCAAAUCCAGGCUGAAACCCUGUGAGCACACGGCUUCAUCUUUCUGUGUCUCAUGGCCCUCGUCUGUGCCUCUGCCCCAGGGCUGUUGUGAGGAUCCAAUAAAACAUCACUUGAUA